AUGCAUUCUGGAUUUUUUCAAGCACGGCAACGCUCUUGUUUAUAUAAAUACGAUAUUUGUUUCAUAAACGUUCAUGGCAGGACAGUUAUGCGUUUUUAUCGUAGAUUCGUAAAACUAAAUGGCAGCAUCAUCUAUAAUAAAUACAAACAAGAAGUUUUUUUGCGAUUCUUAAUCUUGGAUAUCUGAUAAUGUCCGACGCCUCAAAAAAUAAGCAGAAAACAAAAAAAGCAAAUGGUUGGGAGGAAGCUGGUUGCGAAUUUUAUCAGGAAAACUAUUGUGCAGAUUGGGAUGGUUUCGCUAAGAACCCCAUAGCGAUAACUACUUUACUACCGUCAAAACAAAACAGGCUAGGUACCACAAAACGAAACUAUACCCAUCAAGACCGAAAACAGAAAAUUUGCUGGCAACAGUUUUCAUCAACUGCUCCAAGAACCUACCAACAGAAUGAAGGACAAUUCUCAUUGUUGCCAGAUUUGUCGCAAAUUAUUAAUGAUGAGGAGCACAUCUGGGAAGAGAUGUUCCAAAUCAAGCAGUUACCACUGUCGAUGCAUCAAAAGAAAGAAUUUAAAUUGGACUUGCAGAGUGCAACGAAAUUACGACUUCAAGGAUUUAAUCAACUUAAGUGGAAACAUCGCAAAGCUUGGCAAAAAAUAGCAUUAGAAUGGUCCAAAUUCAAUGCUGCUAUUAAAUUAUGGCAGUCGUCUUUGAAAAAUAUUGAAGGACAUUUUGGAAGUGGCGUUGCUGCAUAUUUCACAUUUCUACGAUGGCUCUUUUACCUUAACUGUGUUACAUUCCUAAUAAUAAUAAUAUUUGUAAUCAUUCCAAAUAUUCUCACAUACCAAAAUUUUGUGGACAGAUGUAAGCUAGCGCAAAAUCUAAAUCGCUCGAAAAAUUGUCCUUCUGAGGAUAAUGAACGAAACACUUAUUUUGAUUUGAAUAGAGGAUCUUUUGAUGUUCUCGACAUAGUACAAGGCACUGGGAUACUAGAGGUAUCUUUGAUGUUUUAUGGAGGUUAUUCUAAUAAAACAAUUGGUAUUACAUUUGAAGAUGAUAAUAAUUCUACUCAAAACGAAAACAGCUAUCAGAUUUAUUAUGAUUUAUCUUCUGCAUAUAUAUUUGCUGUAUUAGGUUAUUUCGCAACAACUUUAAUUUUUAUUGUUAAAGCAUCAGCGCGUGAAUUCAAAGAUCGUCUUAUAAAUGGAAGAUGGCAAUUUUAUCAAUAUUGUAACUUAGCUUUUGGUAGCUGGGACUUUUGCAUUCACAAUGAAAAAUCCAGUAUAAUUAAACAUAAAGCAGUAUUUAAUGAGCUAAAAAGCUCCAUUCACUCUAAACGAAUAGAAACAGAAAGAAAUAAUCGUUCAAAUGAUUACAUGUUAAAAGUUAUCAUGAUAAGAAUUGUAAUUAAUUUCUUAGUUUUUAUAGCAUUAAUACUCUCAGCUUAUGUAAUAUAUUUACUAUUUAAUAUCAGUUUGAAACGAGAUCAUGGUAAAUUUAGUAAUGUUGAUUAUGGAGAAGAAAAUCCAUUUGAUUCUGUUAAUGCUAGUCGAAGCUCCUCACUUCAACUUUUUGAAUUGUUCUUUGAUUUCGCACCUUACAUAUGUAUUGUUUGCUUAAAUCUUAUUAUGCCAGUAUUUUUCAAAUAUUUGUGUAAUUUUGAAAAAUAUUCUCCCUUGUUUGUGAUAAAAAUCAGUCUUAUCCGUAUGAUAUUUCUUCGACUCGCAUCUCUUUUUAUUUUACUGAGUCGGUUUUAUUAUAUCGUAAUACCGAAUUCGGAAAAAAAUUCAAGAUCUACUUCAUAUAAUUGUUGGGAAACAUUUGUUGGUCAACAGUUUUACAAACUUGUUUUAACAGAUUUUGUUAGUCAUUUGUUUGUAACAUUUUGCUUCAACUUCCCUCGUGCUAUAUUGGCAAUAUACUUUAAUAAUAAUAUCGUCAAAUUUGCUUGUGAACAAGAGUUUGAACUAUCAAAACAUGCUCUGGAUAUUGUAUAUUUGCAAACGAUUUGUUGGAUUGGAAGCUUUUAUAUGCCUUUUUUGCCGGGUUUAGUAUUAGGAAUUAUGUUUCUAAUGUUUUACGUUAAAAAGUUUCAAUGUCUCGUUAAUUCGAAACCUACAAAAAUACUAUAUGGUACUUCAAGAUCUAAUUCGCUUUUCAUGUCUGUCUUGUUGAUAUCUUUUGUUGUAUCCGUAAUUGUAUUAACCUAUGCAUUCGCUGAAGUAUCACCUUCUGAAUCAUGUGGAUCGUUUAGAGGUUUAAACACAGUUUGGGAUGCACCUUUGUCUUCAUUUAUGAGAAUGCCAAUUUUUUUCAAAAAUUUUGUUUUCUUUUUCGGAACGCCAGGAUUUGUUAUACCUUGCUUUUUCGUAUUGACUUUAUUACUUUAUUACUUCUACGCGGUGUCUGAUGCUAAUAAAAACAUGGUUGAGGUUUUGAAGAAUCAAUUGGUAUUAGAGGGACAUGACAAAAAAUUUCUAUUAACUCGACUUUUAUUAACUCAUCAAGAUACACAAGAAUAAAGCCCUACAGAUAAUUCAAUUUUAAUACUUAAACAGCAUAUACAUAUACAAGAAAAAUUAUAAGAUCUCCAAAUAUAACUAAACAUAAAAGAUGUGUUUUUAUACUAUGAACACUAAGGUAGGAAAUAAAAAAUCUUUAGUGGCCAGAAUCCACGCGAUACCCGAAAUUUUUAAAAAACCAAAAUUAAUAAUUAAUAAAGAACUAAACAUUAAAUGGUGAAAUUUUAAAAUUAUUUCACACAAAUUUAUUAGAUGGUGGCUAAACCUACUAAGGUAAGACUUACAAAUCCUAGUUGUGUCCCUUAUAAUAAACUUAUACAUAUGUACAUAUACAAUUAUAAUAUAAAAUUUGUGAAAAUAAAAAGAGAAACAUUUGGAUUUUCUUGUGAAUACGAUUUA